GUGAUGAUGGAUUCUGUCCUCAACUUACAGGUUCAGCUGAAAUAUUCAGCAACCAGCAAAGCGAAGAUCUAGGAGUCAACUUUCUUUGGGCCUGUGUGGAACUGGAAAAACCUAGCAGAAAGGACUUCUGCAUUCCCUCAUAGAGAAAGUCUUUUGUCAUCUUUGUUUCUCUUGGAACACCUGGGGUGAGGAAAAGCCUCUACAGUGGCCAAGCAGAAGAAACAGUAUCUAUGACUGAAGGGCAUCAGCUACGAGUGACUCUUCUCAGCAUAAAGGAGGAAUUUUUCACACUCAGUAUUCAAAUUCAAAGUUGAAUUCAUGAACAUACAUGAUAUAGAAAUCAUGGGAUGUGGUACUUCUUCAACAAAGGACAAGAAAUCUGAGACCGCGCUGAGAGCUGCGUUGAUCAUCCAGAACUGGUACCGAGGUUACAGAGCUCGUCUGCGGGCCAGACAGCGCUAUGCUCUUGCCAUCUUCCAGUCCAUCGAGUAUGCUGAUGAACAGCGCCAAAUGCAGUUAUCCAACUUCUUUUCCUUCAUGUUGGAAAACUAUACACAUGUACGAGAGAGCGACUCAGAAUCAGUAAAUCAACUUUUUGAAAACACCCUCCAGGAUAUCAAGGAUAGAGAGGAUUACGUGGGGUUAAUAGACAUCCCAGACUCCUAUGAUGGUCCUCGACUGCAGUUUCCUCUUACUUACACUGAUAUCGAUUUACUUCUCGAGGCCUUCAAACAACAACAGAUACUUCAUGCUCAUUAUGUCUUAGAGGUGCUAUUUGAAACCAAGAAAGCCCUAAAGCAAAUGCCAAAUUUCCCUCAAGUAAAAACUUCUCCCUCCAAAGAGGUAACAAUCUGUGGUGAUUUGCAUGGGAAACUGGAUGAUCUCUUCUUAAUCUUCUAUAAGAAUGGUCUCCCCUCAGAGAGCAACCCAUAUAUUUUUAAUGGUGAUUUUGUAGAUCGAGGAAAAAAUUCCAUGGAGAUCCUCAUGAUCCUGUUUGUGAGUUUUCUUGUCUACCCCAAUGACCUGCACUUGAACAGAGGGAACCAUGAAGAUUUUAUGAUGAAUAUGAGGUAUGGCUUUACAAGAGAAGUUUUGCAUAAAUACAAGCUACACGGAAAGAAAAUCUUAGAAAUCUUGGAAGAACUUUAUACCUGGCUUCCAAUUGGUACGAUCAUUGACAACGAAGUCCUGGUCAUACAUGGUGGUAUAUCAGAGUCCACAGACUUGAAUUUACUCCACUGUUUAGAAAGAAACAAAAUGAGGUCUGUGUUAAUACCACCAGCACCAGUAAGUGACAACUAUUGCACUGACGUGAAGAAAAAUAAACUACCUGGAAAACUUAAAUCAAAAGAAUCGUCCUCUGAACAGUUACCAAAGCAUGAAUGGGAACAGGUUAUUGAUCUUCUGUGGAGUGAUCCUAGAGGCAAAUAGGGCUGGUAUUCAAAUACAAGUCGAGGAGGUGGCUGCUAUUUUGGACCAGAUGUUACCUCUAGGAUUCUUAGUAAAUAUCAGUUGAAGAUGCUCAUUAGGUCUCACGAAUGUAAGCCCGAAGGAUAUGAAAUCUGCCACGAUGGGAAGGUUGUUACUGUAUUUUCUGCUUCCAAUUAUUAUGAAGAAGGCAGUAAUCGAGGUGCUUACAUCAGACUGAGUUGCGGUACAACCCCUCGAUUUUUCCAGUACCAAGUAACUAGGGCCACAUGCCUGAAGCCUCUUCAUCAAAGGGUGAGUGCGAUUGAGAGCAGCGCCAUCAGGAUAUUAAAAGAGAGAAUGAUUUCACGAAAAACCGACCUCAUUCGUGCUUUCCAAAGUCAUGAUGUCAGAAAAACAGGGAAACUUUCUAUGGCACAGUGGGCUUUAAUCAUGGAGAAUGUUUUGGGGCUGAACUUACCAUGGAGAACCCUGGGUUCACAUCUGGUAAACAUCGACAAGAAUGGAAAUAUCGACUAUGCGUCCAGCUUCCAAGACAUCCGCAUUGGGAAAUCUAUGAAAGAGGUUCAGUCUACUCUAAUUGAAACUCUGUACCGAUACCGAUCUGACCUGCAAAUCAUAUUCAAUAUCGUCGACUCUGAUCACUCAGGCCUGAUCUCUGUAGGAGAAUUUCGUGCCAUGUGGAAACUUUUCACUUCUCACUACAAUGUUCGCAUCGAUGAUUCCGAACUUGAUGAACUCCUCAACACGAUGGAUUUAAACAAAGAUGGAAGCAUUGACUUUAAUGAGUUUUUAAAAGCUUUCUGUGUAGUGCAUAAAUUUGAGAAGUUGAGCAAAUCAAGCCACAACCUUGCUAAACAAGAAUGAGAGCUUCCCUUGUACUCCAUGUAAUAGCUGUGCCCAAAUCACACACAAUCUUUUCCAGGACUCUUGAAAUUCAUAGUCAGCAGUAGAGAAAAGUAGACCCCAACUCAUGCCACAAGCAGAUGUAUAGUAUAGGUGUUGAAAGUCUAUAGCGAGCUGUCAUUGAUAAGACUAGGUUAAAUGCCAGUUGAUAGGAUUUAGCUCCAGGGAUAGGACUCACGCAACACCAGUGAAAAACUGAAUUUGAGUCUUGUUUUGGCCUUUUGGAUGCCACCUAACCAGGACACCAGAGCAGUUUGGAAGCAUAUUGAAAGGAACCCACAGGGCACUAGAGAAAACUAAAUGCAACUUCUGAAGUGACUGAAGGAUGAGGGCAAGAAUAUCAAUUAAUGAAAUAAACAGUUUCCAUCUUUGAAUUGCAAUCUUUUGAGUUUCCAUAAACCAGUGAUUCCCAAUUAUUGGAGAGCCACCCUUCAGGGAUGGGGGCCAUAUCAGAUUCUUGGGGGAGGCCAUGGGAGUAUAUUGUGUGAAAAAGCAUAUUUUUUCAUAUCUGUUGUGAUACAAAAUUAAUACAUUUCAAUUAAGCCCUACAACUAAUAUGUUUUGACACCUGCAUUGGUAAGAUGGGGCCUUGGUUAUGC